AUGGUCGGCGAUAUGAAACAAUCGUGCAUCGUACUGUUCUACGUACUGGCUAUUGCGAUUGAUGCACUAGAGUCUGAUGCGGCCGCAGGGGAAGAAAAAAUUGUGAAAAUUUCCGAUCCAGAAGUAAAGGUCGCAUCGUCGCCAAUUCUCGCACAGUCCGUGAACGUUCCAAGGUAUGACGAACACGGUGACAUAAAGGGCUCGGAAUAUAGGAUGCAAUGUGGUUUGGAGCAAAAAACAAUUGGAGAUGCUUAUGCUAGGUGCAUGCCAGACACCAACGAAAUUGUUGAGAUCGGAACGAAUGCCACUAUGACUCAGAGAUAUUGCAGAAGGAUAGUCAUUUGCAAGCCGGGAAAUAGAACUGAGAUCUGCGACAGAAACUCAAUUGCAAUCUGGUUUCCCGAAAAACACAAAGUAGUCAAGACUAACAGCGUAGAAGAUAUAUCGGGCUCUUACUCUUACGAGGUCAAAAAAGGCGACAUUGUCUACAUCGUCGAUCCAGGCUGUGAACUGACCAUCCCUGGUACACAUAGACUGAGACACAGGUUCCAAAACAAGGGUGCUUUUAUCAGAGAAGAGUUAAAAAUAUGGCCCGGAUUUUAUCUACAGCCUACUUUCUACCAUCCACGAAGACAGUAUCGAAAAGGCCGUAGAAUAACAUUCGGUGGGACGAUGCAUCAUGGAGUAAAAUGGAUUAAAUCUAAAGAAUGUAAUGCAGAAUGUGAUCUUGGGCAACUGUUCUACUACAAGACGACAAAAAACCGCAUCUUACAUUCCAAGAUCUUUGUUGACGGAGCUAAAUGUGAUUGGAUGAAAAUUUGUCUCUAUGGAAUAGGUCCGGAUAAGAAUGAAAACUUUGCUUGUGACGAUCUGAACAUGACUUUUGUCUACAUCCGAAACGGCUUCGUAGUGAUGCCACAAGCAAUGAAUGGUAUACCGAUUAGAUUCGUGAAAAGCACAAUGGGAACGGGCUUGGAGAGGUUCAAAGUGCGACCUACACAAAUUGGCUUCGAUUUUGAUGGAAGAUUUUCCAUAUGGUCGGUGGGACGAGAACGGGUCACGUCUACCACUCACAUGGACCAUGACGGUAACCUAAUUUUAUACUUCUCGCAUCAUGACUGCCUUGUGAAAGGAAAGGGAAUAAUGAACUUAGGUGAAAAUAAUGGAAUAGUCUAUCAGAUUGAGGGUGGCGACCCAAUAGACAACGUCAGCAAUGGAACUAAAACAUCAACCGAUCAUGGAAGUGUGGCUACACGCCAACCUUUGGGCGAAAUAAGCGUAGCGGGACCGACUAAAGCUCAGGUGGUUGCUAGAACCACUACGGAAUCUCAGGUUAGAGGAGGACCAGGCAGUGGAGGAACGGCGGUUAAGAAAGGGAGGAGCGGAUGGAAUAUUAUGAUGAUGUUUGCUGGAUUCUUCUGUGGCUCGUUAGUCGCACUCCUUAUUUCCGGCUCUUUACUCUAUUUUGGACGGAGAACUGUUUAUUCGAAUUGGUACCGCGCUAUGUACAAGCGCUAUGGCUGCGACGCAUCCGGCGUUACUGGGGGAGUCACUGGUGCUGCGUUUGGUUCAACCACAGCUGGAGGAGAAUACAGUACUGUGGCUGGAGGUACAACGGCUAGUACCUUUGGUGGUACUACUGGUGGCAGUACAUUUGGUGGUGGAACAACAACGUCCGGCGAAACAUCUGGAAUGUCGGGUGAAACCACCGGCGGCACAACCGGCACAACCGGCACAACUGGAACCACUGGCACCACUAGUGGUUUUACGAGCGGUGAGACCACGGGCGCCACAAGCGGCGUGACCGGAGACACCACUGGCACUACCGGAGCUACAUCCGGCGCUGAAAUGGUUGCAAUGUAGAUUUUAGAAGUGUUUGAGUAAAGUUUAGUUGUUUACAGUGUAUUUUUCGACGGAGUAUUUUUGUAAUAAAGUGCGUUUUGUG